UUUUUUUUUUUUUGACUUUUUAAUUUAUUUUUAACUUCUUACAAUGAUGGGUAACGAGGAUAAUUUCGAGGAAGACCAAAUAGAAUGGGUUUCUGGUUCUUCUCCGAACAGUUCACGCAAAAUUGUAAGACAUACAAAUUCUUUAGAAAUCCCUUUAAAACAAAUCAAUUUCAACAGUUCAACAAGCUCAACAAGCCAAGCCAUUCAUGCAUCCACUGAAGAGGAUUUGGCGUUGUUUUUUGACGACAAAACAGAAGUUUCGAUUUUCCUAAAUAAUAUGAAGGAUGAAGUAUCAUUUGGAAUAAAAGAAGUUGAGUCAUAUAGAAUUACCCGGGAUAAUUCUAUAAUCUUAAAACUUAAACCCCGCUUUAGUAAAUUUUAUUACUAUCAUCCAAAGGGUUUUUCGUUCAGAAGUAAUUGUGUCCCGAGGGAUAUGGAUCCAACUGGUGGAAAAUUAAACGGUGUAACCUGCAUUAUCUUUCAAUCGAGUAUUCCUAUCGAACGAAAUGAUUUUGAAUUAAUAGAUGGAUGGAUCAGAGCAAUGAUUAAUAGAUCAAAGAACAGUAAUUAUAGUGACUCUCGAAGAAUGAGACAUAAUGAUUUUACGUAUAAUUCAAGACCAAAUUUUAAUAGAGACAAUAGAGACAAUAGAGAAAAAAGGGACAGUAGAGACAGUAGAGACAGUAGAGACAGUAGAGACAGCAGGGAUAGGAACAGAGUACCUCCUAGGGUACAAAAUAGUUCUGCAAAACCAGAUGAUCCACUUGAUAUAUUACCUAUUAACUAUGACAAUGCAAUGAAAAAACGAGAGUUAUAUAUUACUUGUAUAUACCCUACUCAAAAACGUGCCAUUAUCUAUCCAUCUGAUGGAAUUUUCAAUCACUUCCAAUUUCAUAUCAAACAAAGAUUUGGUUGGAAAUGGGAAAGAAUGUGGUACAAAAAUAACAAGACUGGAGGUUGGAAUACUCUAAAUAAUGAAGAUGUUUGGGCGGCCGUAAAAAAGCAGGUUAUGAAUAAACCUGUUCCUAGAAUUGAGGUUUUUAUGAGAUAAUCAAAUACUUUUUUUUUAUAGAAUAAAUGUAUAUUAAUUAAAAAAAAGAAAAAAAAUUCUCUUGUAAUUAUCUUUUU